AACAAAAUCACAGGACCAAAAAAAGAAAAAAAAAAAAAAGGGGUGUAUAAAACAAACAAAAAGUAAAGAUACGAUAAAAAUAAGGUGGCAAUAAGAACAGUUUUAAGAGUAUGGAGCGGCUGGCCAUCGUCCCACUUCCAGUGUGGCGCUGGGGAUUUGACUUUCAUUCACAAGAGACUGUGCAAAAACCGACGCAUGUAGGUCGGAUCUGGAAUUCUGGAACUCGAUGCAAGACGAAGCAUAAAUAAGAUAUUCAUGGUUCCAUGCUCAAGAAUGGAUUUUAUUGGUGAUAGUAGACUAGAAGACAUGCCUAAAUGAUGAUUGAGAAAGGAAUUUUCACACAAGUCUAGCCACCAAAUGAAAUCAAUCAAAUUUAUGAAUCUCACCUGAGCUUAAGAUAGAUUUUUCUUAGCUCAGGUAUAGCAAAGACAGAACAAACUACACUACUGCGGUCAUCAUCGGAUGCUUGCUUAGCUGUUUUGAUUUGCUUUGGGAAAUUCACAUUGCUAGUUUAGCUCGUCAAUCAUUGCUAUUUCUGGUGAUCUAAUGCACCUGAGAAUUUUAGCUGUUUUUUGGGAAUUGGAUCAAUCUAACCUGCAAGGUUGGCACAGCUAGGAAGUUUUCUUGCACAGUUAGUGCAAACGCAGACUGCAGCAAAAAAUAAGAGUUUCAUUAGAUCCACAAUCAAUUUAUCACUGUUUCAGCAAAAUCAUUGGGAUUGACUCAAAGAUUGGCACCAGGAUGGGCUUUUCCAUUGCUAUUCACAAGGUGCAUCAAAUUAAUACAUCAAUAUCCUCACAGUAGCAUAAAAUCCAAACCAUGCAUAUUCGCCUUUUCAUACAGCAGUUCACCUACUCAGCAUUAUAAACUUCUUCACAGCUCAAAUUGUAUCACCAAAAUGGGCUCAGAUCAUACCUUCUUUCACUACAGCCUCCUCACUCUCUACUUUAUUGGACCACCAACCUUCAUCUCCCUAAGGUUUCUCCAAGCCCCAUAUGGCAAGCACCAACGUCCAGGUUGGGGCCCUACUAUGUCCCCACCCUUGGCAUGGUUCCUUAUGGAGAGCCCUACCAUCUGGCUUACGCUCUUCCUCUUUCCCUUUGGCCUCCAUUCCUCUAAUCCCAAGGCUCUCAUUCUUAUCUCCCCCUUCCUCCUCCACUACUUCCACAGGACCUGCCUCUACCCACUCCGCCUCCAUUUGAAUACCAAACAUCGAAAAACAGCCAGCGGUUUCCCGGUGAGUGUGGCAUUAAUCGCAUUUGUGUUCAAUCUUCUAAAUGCAUAUUUGCAGGCUAGAUGGGUAUCUCACUACAGAAAUUAUGAGGGAGAUUACUGGUUUUGGUGGCGGUUCUUAGGUGGAUUGGUGAUAUUCUUGGGUGGCAUGGCAGUGAAUAUCUGGUCGGAUAGGGUUUUGGUUGGGCUGAAAAGGGAGGGAGGGGGUUACAAGGUGCCAAGGGGAGGCUGGUUUGAGUUGGUGAGUUGUCCAAACUAUUUUGGGGAGAUCAUGGAGUGGUUUGGGUGGGCAGUAAUGACAUGGUCUUGGGUUGGCCUAGGGUUUUUCCUCUAUACAUGUGCAAACUUGGUACCUAGGGCAUGCGCAAACCAUAACUGGUAUCUAGAGAAAUUUAGGGAGGAUUAUCCCAAGGCCAGGAAAGCUGUUAUCCCCUUUCUGUACUAGAGCUAAAUUUUCUCUCGUUUUUCUUGUUUGGUUUUCUCAUUGGUGUUUUGCUUUGGUGAUCUUAAUGUGUGAUUUGGAACUAGCUUCUAUAGUAAUUCAAAUGAGGUUUGAUAUGCAUUGCAUGUAAAAUUGGUUCCAUUGAUUGUCUUGAAGGUGUUCUGUUUCUUGUAUAUUGCUAGUAACAGAUGUUUCAAUUAUAGUGGUUGGCACUUUUACGGGCUCA